AUGGGCUCGCUAAAGCACGUCCACCAAUUUAAACGUGAAUACUCUGCUGCGGAGGCAGUCCAAGAGGUCUUUGACGUCGUUGAGCAGCCAGUUCAGAAUGCACUGGUUGCGGCGAAAGGUGCAGCGAAGGCCACCAAAGAUGCUGCGGUUGCAGCCGAAGACGCUUUGAAGUAUGGAGGAGAGACAUCUGAAUUAGCUGAGGGGGUCAAGGCGCUGGCCGCCGCCGUCGCGUUGGAAGAGGCUAUGUUGGCAGAACUGGCGAUAAAAGCAGCAGCCCCAGCUUGUACUGUGGUGAAAUUGACAAAAUAUUUUGUAAAAGCACCACAAAGAUCGAUUGAGGAUGGUGAGCUUGUUCUGGAAAAGAUUUUUCUGGAAGCUGCUAUGGAGUCAGCGGAGCUAUUGGCCGAGGCCGCCAAGGAUGCCGAGAAGACAGCAGAGAGUUCAAAUUCGUGUUCACAGGCGGCAACAGCGACGGGGAAGAUUAAGAAGCCCGGACUGUGCCAGAGAAAGCCCGCAGAGAAACCAGACACGUUCUCCAAAGAGCCAAGGGUGAUUAAUUUUCCUUGCUACGCCCCUAGCCAAGCGGUAGGAUUGCUUCGACUACAUUUCCGUGAUUGCUUCAUCCAGGGGUGUGAUGGUUCAGUGCUGCUGGAAGGGUCGGCAAGCGGACCCGGCGAGCAGCAAGCCCCGUCGAAUUUGAGUCUGAGGGCCGAGGCCUUCAGAAUCAUUGACGACCUGCGUAGACGUGUGCCUGAAGAGUGCGGUAGGGUCGUGUCGUGUUCCGAUAUUGUUGCCCUUGCAGCUCGUGACUCUGUCUUCCUGUCCGGUGGGCCCGACUACAACCUCCCCUUGGGCCGCCGGGACAGCCUGGCCUUUGCUACCACCAACGACACGCUGGCCAACCUCCCGUCGCUGUCGAGCAACACCACCACCCUCCUCGACUCCCUCUCUGGCAAGAACUUCACGGCCACCGACGUGGUGGCACUUUCCGGCGGACACACCAUCAGUAUCAGCCACUGCACCUCCUUCACCGACCGCUUGUACCCGGCGGAGGACCCGACCAUGGACCAAACGUUUGCCUGGAACCUCCGAUCGACAUGCCCGGCGGCGGACACAGACAACACAACGGUGCUCGAUAUCAGAGGGAUCGUGACGGAUUUCGCGGUCAACCAGACACUGCUUUACGAGAUGUUCGUGAGCGCCAUGGUCGAGAUGUCGCAGCUGGGCGUGCUGACUGGGGCUGAGGGUGAAAUUCAUGGGAAUUGUUCGGUUAGGAAUAUGGAUAAUGUGGCCGUGUUGGAUUCAGUGGUGGCCGGAGAAGAAAAUGAGGCCCAAUAA